CAAUCCGCCAUUUUCUCUCCUCGUCCGUGUGGUUGUAUUGAACGUCGCGGCCACAAGAGGGAGACCCAGCAUUAGUUACUGUUCAUUUUCUAUCCUGACUAGAGGACAAGCUCUUCAGCAGAGGGUCAACGGGUCCAAGCUUAAGGCCUGUACAUUCGUCGAGUAGUAUGUAUUGCUAUUUGUUUUGUAAUCACUCUAAACGCUGCCGGUUAUCACCGCCAAUAGAAACUGUUAAACAAAAAAGUUAAAUAUAAGAACGUAAGGAAUCCGUGCCAGGCUAUGUGGUUCUAUAUGCUGGCGAUUGGAUGGGUCCGUGUGCAGGAAUAGCAGAUUGAAACAGCCAACAGCAAGACACGGAUGAAAUUUACAACAUUUCGAAUUUACCUGAGGCAUAAAAACACAACCCAUAAAUGAGAUGGUAAAUGCCAUCAAAAUGAACAAAUACCUCCCCCAAUUAUACAGGGACUUAUCGACAAUGGGCUGAAGUUUUCUCGUGUUAGUUUUGUUUACACGGUUUGCAGACAUGUAACAUAAUCUAGGUAGGCCUAUACGCUGUAUUAAAUCCAAUUCAUGCAUUUAAUCUACAUGUCAAAGAUUUAGUGAUUGUAGCCUCGGUGAAUUAUUAAAAUAAUUACUUUUAUUGACACGGAAUUUUGCAUAUGCUGUAGGAGAUGACGUUCCUUCCCAAAAGGUGGAUUAAGUCCAAAUUGUGAUGAAAUUGAUGGAGUUGUACAUAUAGCCACAGCCCACACAGGGGCCUUAAUAAUUUCAUGACAGAAUGUAGCAAUGAAGGGCAUAUUAUAAAAGGCAAGGUAUUUGGCUGAUGUAGGCUACUACUGAGGGGAUAACUGCGAGCAUCACUCCUUUUUGGAGCUGAAGUGCAGAGAAGUGAAGAAGUGCACGUGUGCGCACGCUUGCGUUGUGCGGGUGUCGAGAGCUAGGGGGGUCGACGGCACGUGUCGUGUCUGCGUUGAGGGUGCGUGGCGAAAACGCUGCCUCGAGGGGAUCUCCUGUGACCCUUAUCUGCGCGUCUCUGGGGACGCCUUUUAGCCCCUCCUGGGAUGCAAAUGAACGGCCAUAAAAGAGAGGCAGAUACAGCCACCGAGACGAUGGAGGAGGAGGAGAAGAAAGGGAAAUGGGACCAUGAAGGAGGAGGGGAGGAGGUCAGCACUCACAUCUCAGAGCGCACAACAAGCUAAAGAGGAGACGGAGAAACCAAAUAAAUAAGUUGCCCUGCAGUGACAGGGCAAGUGUACGCUCAUGCGUAAACACACAGACCUUUGAAGUGGCCCUCUGUCACCACAUGGCAAAUCCCCCUGGUGUGAUCCCUCUGUCCAUUUGGCCACAGGACCGACACUGGAUUGUAGCGAACAUUCGUCUGUGUAGGUAUCAGCACCUCUCUCCUGUCCUGUAGCGGCUGUACGCUGGUCUCUCAGACAAGCAUGCAGUCAAUGGGAAUCCCACUGUUGAGCCUUUUCCAGAAGGCAUGGAGACCAUCAUGUUUGGUUUAGGCUGUUUCUGGGGACCUGAGAGACUUUUCUGGCGGCUUCCAGGAGUCUUCUCCACACAGGUGGGCUACGCCGGUGGCUUUACACCCAACCCCACUUACCACGAGGUCCGCUCAGGUCUGACUGGUCACACCGAGGUGGUGAGGGUUGUCUUCUCCCCGAAAGACGUCAGCCUUGAGGAACUGUUGAAGCGCUUUUGGGAAAGCCACGAUCCUACACAAGGUAUGAGGCAGCAGAAUGACAGUGGUACUCAGUAUCGUUCAGCCAUUUACACAUCCAACCCCACUCAACAGGAGCUUGCAUUGAGAAGCAAAGUGGCCUUCCAGCAGGAGCUGGAUAAAAAAGGCUACGGUCGCAUCACCACAGAGAUCCGGGAGGGGCAGCCGUUUUACUACGCAGAGGACUAUCACCAGCAGUACCUGAAGAAGGUACCUAAUGGCUAUUGUGGCCUCAAAGGCACUGGAGUCUCUUGUCCCAUUGGAGCUGGGAAGGAUGAACUGUGAGGGAUGCGUGGUGAGAAAGAAAAGGAUGAGGAUUUAUGAAGGCUUUUAUUUUGUCAUUUAUCGUCCUUAAUCUUUUUUUUUUUAAGUAUUUUACUAGUAUUUUAGUAAUGUAACUUAUUUGUCAGAUUUUCAAUCAAAUUUGUUGCUGUCUGUCAGCUGUGGAGAAUUAAUAUAGUGUCAGAAUAAGCUUUAUUGGCCAAGUAUGUGUACAAGGUUGCUCAGAAUGUACACAGAAAUAGACAUACAGCUAAAAACAUGAAUAUUUUACCACUAUGUAAAAAAUAAAUAUAU